CACUACUCUCAUUUCCACUCACCCCAACACAAGCACUUAACUUCAAAAUUCAAAUCACUUAAUUAUCUUUCUCUCUCAUUUAAACAAACCAAAAAAAUGGGUCAGGGAAGAGGCAGUGCAAGAUCAGCUUUGGUGGUUGGAUUAGCCAUACUCUGUCUUUUGGCUAUUGUUCAGCCAACUCUUGCUGCUGUUUACAAUAUUGGAUGGUCCUUUAAUGUCAAUGGGGCUAGAGGCAAGUCCUUUAGAGCCGGUGACGUUCUUGUGUUCAAGUACAUAAAGGGGCAACACAAUGUGGUGGCUGUAAACGGCAGAGGAUAUGCAAGCUGCAGUGCUCCAAGAGGUGCAAGAACUUACUCCAGUGGACAAGAUAGAAUUAAAUUGACCAGAGGCCAGAAUUACUUCAUCUGCAGUUUCCCAGGCCAUUGUGGUGGUGGAAUGAAGAUUGCAAUUAAUGCUAAAUAAUUAAUCUAAUUAAUUAUUCCUCAACUACUACUUCGAUCUCUACGUACAUUAAUUAGCUUGUACUAGUUGCUAAUUAAUGUUUCUGAUCGACUGUCUAGGUUGUAUUAGUACUCAUGUAUGUUUGUACGUGUGUACGUGUGUGUCUCUAUCCUGUGUGUACGUUCGUGUUUGUGUAACUCGACAUACCAAGGAAAAUAAAAAGGAAGGUUAUGGAAUAGGAUUACGGAUUAUUAUUAAUGAUAAAAUAAUAUUUCUUGUGUUGUUAA